AUGGCGACCGAUAAUUCGACCUCCAAGAUACCCGACUCUGAGCACCAUACAACCACCGACAUUGACCUUGAUGAAUUCCGCGGCAUUCAGCUCAAAGAUGUCAUCCCCAACACUCGCGCUCCAUGGUAUCGCGAUGGCACUCUUCUGAAGUUGAACUUCCUGUUACUUGCCGCUCUUCUUACGCAGACUGCGUCUGGAUUCGAUGCCAGUAUGUUGAACGGUAUGCAAUCGUUGCCACAAUGGGAAAAAUUCUUCGGUCAUCCGAUGGGCAACCGACUGGGGGCCAUGUCGUUCGGUCCUGGCGGUGGCACGCUCAUCUCAGUACUUGUCUCAUCCCAGUUAUGCGACAGAUACGGUAGACGUAUGGGCAUCUUUGUCGGAUCCGCAUUCAUAAUUGUCGGUGCUAUUCUGCAGACGGCCGCAAACGACUUCGGCAUGUUCGUUGCUGGACGCUUUGUUAUUGGCUUUGGACUCGGUAUAGUCGCAACUGGUGCACCGCCCCUUCUUUCAGAGCUUGCAUAUCCGACACACCGUGCGCAGAUUGUAUCCUUCUUCCUUGUCUCCUGGCCUCUUGGAUCGCUGAUCGCUGCCUGGAUUACAUUUGGCACUUUCAAGAUGCAAAACUCAUGGGCGUGGAGAUUGCCCAGUCUGCUGCAGUGCUUCUUCUCUCUUAUUCAGAUUUCGCUUGUCUGGUUCUGUCCAGAGUCUCCCAGGUGGCUCAUCUACCAAGGUCGUCACCGAGAGGCCAAAGAUAUUCUUGUCAAAUGGCAUGGUUAUGGUGACCCGAACUCGCGACUUGCUCAAUUCGAGUAUGCUGAAAUCACAGCCACUCUUGAGCUAGAGAAGAUUCAGAAAAAGGCACGCUGGUCUGAGUACAUUUCCUCUACAGGCAAUCGCCACAGACUGUUCAUCGCUCUUUACAUUCCCGCCAUGUUGCAGCUUUGCGGCAAUGCUUUGACUUCCUACUUCUUGUCAAAGGUUUUGAAUUCAAUUGGCAUCAAGGACCACAAGACACAGCUUGCAUUGAACGGCUCCUUGUCAGUAUGGAGUCUGAUCACCGCUACAACAGCUGCACUGUUGUGCGACAGGGCUGGUCGCCGCAGAUUGUUCCUCGUCGGACUAAUUGGCAUGGGACUCUCGUUCGUAGUAUGGACCGCCCUCUCUGCAGUCAACCAAGAAACCCACUUUGAACACACUGGAUACGCUGCUGGAGUGCUUACCAUGAUCUUCAUUUUCUCAGCCUGGUACCACUGCUGCUCUCCAAUUGGUGCCACUUAUAUCAUGGAGGUCACACCCUUCUCGCUCAGAGCCAAGGCUGCUAUGCUUUAUCAGCUCACUGGCAAUCUUGCGGGACUUUUCAAUUCUUUCACCAACCCCAUCGCCAUGGAAGCCAUUGAGUGGAAGUACUACAUCGUGUGGUGCUGCGCUCUGGCUAUACAUCUCGUGGUGGUCUUUUUCAUGUUCCCAGAGACAAAGGGUAGAUCUCUUGAGGAGGUCUCCGAGCUGUUCGAUGGCCCUCGUGAUGUUGUGGAAGAGUUGGAGGUUGCCCAGAAACAGGACGUGACCUUCAUCGAGAAUGCCACUCGUCCCCAAGCUUUCCAUUAG